CUCCUUUCCUGUGGAUGGAGCCACUAUGGUCAUCAAAGCACCAACCAUACACGAAUGGAAACGCUUCAUGAUAGUCCCUCCCUAACAGUGCAUUGGCGCGCUGUGCAUCCUUCCGUCAGGUACCCGGUUAUUUCUCCGUUUGCUUCAGCAGGACUGGCGGAAAUAUGGCGGGUAUGAGCGCCUCGGGUCCCGGCCCGGUUUCAUCUCUCGACCAGGUGGAUAAAGGACUAAAGGAGACUCUUAUAGACGCGUUGAACGCCAUCCUGUCCCCGGUUCAAGAAGUGCGCGCCGCGGCGGAGGAGCGCAUUAAAGUGUUGGAAGUGACGGAGGAGUUUGGAGUUCAUCUGGCAGAGCUUACUGUCGAUCCACGUGGAGCUCUUGCAAUACGACAACUGGCUUCUGUCAUUCUAAAGCAAUAUGUUGAGACCCAUUGGUGCGCUCAGUCAGAGAAAUACAGGCCCCCGGAGACUACAGAAUGGGCUAAAGCAGCGAUACGUGAACUGCUGCCAAGCGGAUUGCGAGAGGCCAUCAGCAAGGUGCGCUCCAGUGUAGCCUAUGCACUUUCUGCUAUAGCACACUGGGACUGGCCUGAAGCUUGGCCUGGACUUUUUAAGCUCCUCAUGGACAUGCUGGCCAGUGGGGAUGUAAAUGCUGUACAUGGUGCCAUGAGGGUCCUCACAGAAUUUACCAGAGAGGUGACAGAUGUACAGAUGCCGGACGUUGCACCAGUCAUUUUGCCUCAGAUGUACAAGAUUUUUACCAUGGCAGAGGUUUACAGUAUUCGUACCCGAUCCAGAUCAGUUGAGAUCUUUACAACCUGUGCCAAUCUCAUCUGUGCUAUUGAUGAGGUAGCAAAGGGUGCUGCCAAUACUCUGAUCUUCCCAGUGGUGCAGCAGUUCACCGAGGCCUUUAUACAGGCGUUGCACAUACCAGAUGGACCGACUUCAGACAGUGGAUUGAAGAUGGAAGUCUUGAAGGCGGUAACAGCUCUUGUAAAGAACUUUCCCAAACCUAUGGUGUCCUCCAUGCAGCAGAUCCUUCCCAUUGUGUGGAAUACAUUGACAGAGAGCGCCUCUUUUUAUGUGAGAACUGAGGUCAACUACACAGAAGAAGUGGACGAUCCAGUUGACUCGGAUGGCGAGGUCCUUGGUUUUGAGAACCUGGUUUUCAGCAUCUUUGAGUUUGUCCACACACUGUUGGAGAACAAGAAGUUCAAGAGCACAGUGAAGAAAGCACUACCAGAGCUCAUUUAUUACAUCAUCCUCUACAUGCAGAUCACUGAAGAUCAGAUCAAAGUGUGGACGGCCAAUCCUCAGCAGUUCGUUGAGGAUGAAGAUGACGAUACUUUUUCUUACUCUGUUCGGAUUUCGGCACAGGAUCUGCUGCUGGCUGUUGCUGCAGAGUUUCAGAAUGAGAGUGCUGCGGCAUUAGCUGCGGCUGCAACGCGUCACCUUCUGGAGGCAGAGCAAGCCAAAAACGCAGGCAGUGAACACUGGUGGAAGGUGCAUGAAGCUUGUAUGCUGGCCCUGGGCUCGGUCAAAACCAUCAUCACAGAAAAUGUAAAGAAUGGACGUGUUCAGUUUGAUAUGCAUGGGUUCCUUGCCAAUGUCAUCCUUGCCGACCUAAACUUACCAGCAGCCUCCCCUUUCCUGUUGGGUCGGGCCUUAUGGGCAGCCAGUCGCUUUACUGCAGCGAUGUCCCCUGAACUCAUACAACAGUUCCUUCAAGCCACAGUAAGCGGACUUCACGAGAGCCAGCCGCCUUCCGUUCGGAUCUCUGCUGUGAGAGCUAUCUGGGGGUAUUGCGAUCAGCUAAAGCUGUCUGAGAGUACACACGUCCUACAGCCGUUCCUGCCCAGUGUCUUGGAAGGGCUAGUGCAGCUCGCCGCUCAGUUUAGCUCUGAGGUCCUGACUUUAGUCAUGGAGACCCUCUGUAUUGUUUGCACGGUGGAUCCUGCUUUCACAACGAGUGCGGAGAACAAGAUCUGUCCUCUCACCAUCGCUAUCUUCCUUAAGUACAGUAAUGAUCCUGUGGUGGCGUCUUUAGCGCAGGACAUCUUUAAGGAGCUUGCCCAGAUCGAAGCUUGCCAAGGACCAAUGCAAAUGCGUCUCAUUCCUACUCUUGUUAGCAUCAUGCAGGCACCACCUGAUAAAAUCCCAUCCGGCCUUUGUGCUACAUCCAUAGACAUCUUGACCACAGUUGUUCGCAACACCAAGCCCCCGCUGUCCGACAUGCUCGUGUGCCAAGCUUUUCCAGCUGUUGCCCAGUGCACCCUACGCACCGAUGAUAACACCACUAUGCAGAAUGGUGGUGAAUGCUUGAGGGCUUAUGUCUCCGUGGGACUGGAGCAAAUCGCCCAAUGGCAAGAUGAACAAGGCCACAGUGGGGUUUGGUACGUCAUGCAGGUUGUCAGUCAGCUCCUGGACCCCCGCACAUCCGAGUUCACCGCUGCUUUUGUGGGUCGACUGGUGUCCACUCUCAUCACUCGGGCCGGCACCCAGUUGGCUGAUCAGCUGGACCAAAUAUUGCGUGCCAUCCUCAGCAAAAUGCAGCAAGCUGAGACCCUCAGUGUGAUGCAGUCCCUGAUCAUGGUUUUUGCCCAUCUGGUUCAUUCUCAAUUGGAGCCACUGCUGGAAUUCCUAUGCAGUCUUCCGGGUCCCACGGGGAAACCUGCCCUUGAGUUUGUCAUGGCAGAGUGGAUGAGUCGCCAGCAUCUGUUCUACGGCCAGUAUGAAGGCAAAGUCAGCGCUGUUGCUUUGUGUAAACUGCUCCAGCACGGUCUCAACACAGAUGACAAGCGCCUCCAAGAUAUUGUCGUCAAAGGAGAUGAAAUUUUUAAUCCGGACGCGGGCAUUUGUACACGUUCCAAAUCGGCCAAGAACCCACAGCGAUGGACCAACAUUCCAUUGUUGGUGAAGAUCUUCAAACUCAUUGUCAAUGAACUGUCCUCUGUCGUGGAGGCUAACACAAACAGAGCAAAUCCAGCAGACUGGACCCAAGACUCGGGAGGAAUGUGGGAUGAUGUGGCGGAGGAGGAUGAUGAUGAUGAGGAUGAUGAGGAGGAGGAAGAUGAAGGGUUAGCAGGACAGCUCCUUUCUGAUCUCAUUGCGUCCAACAAAUAUGAUGAUGAUUAUUAUGAAGAUGAUGAUGAUGAAGAUCCAGAUGCUCUAAAAGAUCCCAUAUAUCAAAUUGACCUCCAGGCUUAUAUGACAGAUUUCCUCACCCAGUUUGCCCAGCAGCCUUGCUAUAGCAUGUUUUCAAGCCACUUGAAUGAAGCAGAGAGAAGAGUGUUGCAGUCCAUUGGUAUAUGACCUGUAUCACUAACUGACAUCAGCUCCUUGUCCGUGUUUCAGUCUUUACCACUCGGUCAUCUUUUUCCAAACUUUGAACAUUUGAGUGGCCUUGGGAAGCCUUUUGGACAGAACUUCUGAUACACAACGUAAAAGAGGACUAGUCUAAUGAGUUUACAUCCCUCUCCCUGUUUUAUUAAGGGAAGAAAUGAACAUUGAUUUCCUAAGAGAAGAACAAGAGUGACAGAUCCUAGACGGGACAGCGUUGGAUAUGAAAUGGAUAUCACAGUUAUCAAAACACCACUGUGGUGCAUUUGUCUGGUGUCAUGAUGGGGGUUGAAUGACUCAUUUUUUGCAACGGGACUGAUAACGACUUAGAAAUGGCUUAAAAGUAUCAACCGUUGUCUGUUUGUAUCUUCUCACUUUACUAAAUCAUGUGGGUUACAAAUUCUUUCUGUAGAGGAAGGCAAAAUACUUCUGACAGAUGAACUUUGAAAAGAAGUUGGAACUGUUGGCGGCCUUAUUAAAAUUAUCCAUGUUAUUUGUCAUUA